AGCCCUCACGAGAGUCCACGUAAUUUGUCACCAAGCCAACAUGGAAACUUUGCCUUUCAAGCCAUUAAAAAAUGUGAUGGAAGAAGGUGGUCAUUUGCAUCUCUACCGUCAUCAGGCUAUGGUACCAAUACUCCUGGAAGUUCUAAUGUUUCGUCGAGAUACUCUUCUCAUGAGAAGUUACACCAGUUCCCUUCAGCACCAACAGCUGAAGAACUGGUGUAUUUAUCUAGCCAUUUUGAUAGUGAUGAACAUAUGACAGGAACAGAAGAUGAUGGUAGAUGUUCUCCCAUAAUGAGACCAAGAUCUCGAAGUUUGAGUCCAGCCAGAUCUCCUGGUGGGGAGUCAGAAAUAGUCAUAAUGAACAGUGUGUAUAAAGAAAGAUUUCCAAAGGCCACUGCUCAAAUGGAAGAUCGAUUAAGAAAAUUUAUAGCGGAACACGAGAAAUUGGAUCCUGAACAAGAAACGGAUGCAGUGUUAUGUUUUCUGCAUCAUCAAGUAUUGGAAAUGGCCCGUGAUGUUUUACAUAAAUCUGAAGAGAAAUUAAUAACAACAGCAUAUUUCUAUGAAUUGAUCGAUAAUCUGGAGAAAUUGAAGAAAGAUGCUAGAGAAAGAUGUGAUAUAACCUCUCAUGCUUAUUCAUGUAUCUAUCCUAUGAUUAAACAGUUAUAUAUCAUUGUAUCAAGACCAGCCAGAUUAUUAGAGUGUCUGGAAUUCGAUCCAGAGGAAUUCUAUAUGUUAUUAGAAGCAGCUGAAGGUCAAGCUAAACAAACUAUUAAAGAUGAUAUACCACAAUAUAUAAUCAGUAAAUUGGGGUUGAAUAGAGAUCCUUCAGGUGUAAUUUAUUUGUUUGUAGAUAUAACACAUAUUGAAACUAUAACUGGUAAUUCAUUAGAUAAAGCUGAAGAAGAAGAAGAUGUAGAAUCAGAGCAUGAGAAGAGCUAUAGUAAAUUUCCCAAAGGCAAAGUACCUUGUCAAGAUGAUUUCGAGACUUUGAAGUUAAUCAGUAAUGGAGCUUAUGCGGCUGUUUAUCUAGUACGACAUAAACAAACCAGACAACGAUUUGCCAUGAAGACAAUUGGUAAACAGAAUCUCAUGUUACGUAACCAAUUACAACAAGUUUUCUUGGAAAGAGAUAUUUUAUCUUUCACUGAUAACCCAUUUGUUGUCAGUAUGUACUGCAGUUUCGAAACUAAGAGACAUUUAUGUAUGGUUAUGGAAUAUGUAGAAGGAGGAGAUUGUGCUACUUUAUUAAAGAAUGUUGGACCUUUUCCUUUGGAUUUGGCUAGAAUGUAUUUUGCUGAGACAGUGCUUGCUUUAGAAUAUUUACAUAGCUAUGGUAUCGUACAUCGAGAUUUAAAACCUGAUAACUUAUUGAUAACAGCUUUCGGUCACAUCAAGUUAACAGAUUUUGGUUUAUCAAAGAUUGGGUUGAUGAGUAUAACAACAAAUCUAUAUGAGGGUACAAUAGAUAAACAGUUUCAAGAUAAACAAGUAUAUGGUACACCUGAAUACAUAGCACCAGAAGUUAUAUUACGACAAGGCUAUGGUAAACCUGUUGAUUGGUGGUCUAUGGGCAUCAUAUUGUAUGAGUUAUUAGUGGGUUGUGUGCCAUUCUUUGGAAAUACUCCUGAGGAAUUAUUUUCUCAAGUCAUUAAUGAAACUGUUGAAUGGCCUGAAGAAGAUGAUUGGCAAGUUCGUGAGGAUGCUAAAGAUUUGAUUAGUGCUUUAUUAAGACAUGAUCCUGCUGAAAGACUGGGUUUUGCUGGUGCACAACAAGUUAAAGAACAUUUCUUCUUCCAUGGUUUAAAUUGGGAGAAUUUGUUGCGUCAAAAAGCCGAGUUUGUACCACAGUUGGACAGUGAAGAGGAUACUAGUUAUUUUGACUCAAGAACAGAAAGAUAUAAUCAUGAUUUAGCAGAAGAUACAGAAGAUGAACCAGAUGAUGUAUUAUUUCACAGUUUCUCCUCCUGUUCACCAAGAUAUAGUAAAGUUUACUCUAGAAUUGAAGAGUUACAUGAGGAUAAGAAAGAGAAAGAUAGAAGAAGACAUUCAAGUGCUGAUGAUUUCCGUACGAGAGUAUUGGAGAAACAAGCUUUAGAACGUAAAGAUUCCAACCACUCAGAGUGCUCUGAUACAUCACUUGAGAUACGAUCUGUACUACGAAAAGACAGUGCUGAUACAACUGACUCCAAAACUGAUGCUAGUACUAUUAAACUUGAUGAAGAUGUUUUCA